UGGCAACUGGACGGGAAAAGAUACAUUCCCCUUCCGCUCCCCCGGCUCCUACAUCACCCAUUCUCUCUGCUAUAUAAACAAUCACCGGGCGGGCCGACCUUUCGACAGCCCAGCAGAACUUCAUACAGGUUCCGGGCAGCAUACCUUCACUUCGGUAGCCAUGACUCCACUGUUGGUCCUGCUGGGAGCCGCGCUCUGCUCCCUGACGAUGUCCACUGAAAUCGUCCCUCAGGCAGACUUUAACGCACAGGCGGCAAGAGGGAAGUGGUACUUGAUCGGAUUCGCUACCAACAGCCGGUGGUUCGUCAACAUCAAAAAUAGAAUGAAAAUGGGCAUUGCCACGCUAGAACCAACUGCAGAGGGAGACGUGGAUCUAUCAUACUCCACUCUUAGAGCCGACGGUUCUUGCUGGAGAAAGAGCCACCAGGUCAACAAGACUGACAUGCCUGGGAAGUUUAGAUCUGUCAGUGAGCGUUGGGGCAGUACGAACGACUUAAUUAUGGUGGACGUCAAGUAUGAUGACUAUGCACUGAUUUACGACGUCAAGACGAAACUGAAGGUCACCAAACUCGUCCACCUUUAUGGCCGCAGAAAUGAAGUCAGUCCUGAAGUGAAGGAGAAAUUCAGACAGCUCGCCUUGGACGCUGGCAUUCUGGCUGAAAACAUUGUUUUCCUUCCUAAAAACGCUGAGUGCCCUCCUGCCUAAUUUCCUCCCCUAGUCAUCAUGUCGGUGAUUCAAGCUGCAGAUCAUUACCUUUGCUGUGGAAAUAUUCAUCUAUCAAAGCUACUGGCUAAAACAUCAUCUUCAGUUACUUCGCUUUGCCACGACUCUACUGUUCCCUUUACCUAAGCACUAUAAUUGAGUUCUACUAGCAAAAUAAAAGAAACAGCUAAAAUA